AUUGAUUCUAAAUUACUGAUGGACAUUUGAAUUAUUAUAUUUAUUUUUAUUUUUCCUUUUUCAUGACCAUACAUAUAUUGGCUUUGACCUGAUGCACGUGAGGUAAUCGUGUUGACCUAAACUUGCGGAUAGUGUUUAGUAUCACAAGCACGGUGAUGGAACAGUUGUCGUUGGUGACAAUUGAUCAACGAAUAUUCAACAAAAUUAAUUCAAUCAUUAAUUUAAUUAUAAAUACAUAAAUAUCUUAUUGUGUAUAUCUUAUGGAAUUUUUUUCACUCAACAAAUUUGAGGACAAGCUUAAGGGUGUGUUGGAUGUAGUAAAAGAGGGAUAAAUAGUGUAAAGUAUCGGCUUGGGGAUGGAUUUGACGCAGCCAGUUUCACCAGUUGUUAAGAAACAUUCUUAUCGUAAUCGUUGGCGGGAGUUUGCGGACUUUCGAUCGCGUAUUGACUCGUCAAAACAUCGUCCUGUUGUAUUUACGCGAUCGCAAGUACCUCCGGUGAAUAAUUUUCAUGCUAUGAACGUUGCUACUGUCUAUCCGGUUAAUGAUGGAGAUGUCAGAGAGACCAUCAGUGAAGGAGAUGAAGAGCAUCAUCCAGAAAGUGCUAAAGAUUUUGUGGGUCUAGAGGAGGUGUCACGAAUUGAUUUUCUAGUUUCAUUAUUUGGUGAAGCCCUUGGUACAUUUUUACUUGUACUUAUUGGUUGUGCAUCAUGCAUCACUUGGAGUACAACAUCAGCACCAACAGUUUUACACAUUGCCUUCACUUUUGGCCUCGCAGUUGCCGCACUUGCUCAGAUACUUGGACCGGUAUCUGGAUGUCACGUUAAUCCAGCAGUAACUAUUGGACUUUUGGCGAGUGGUAAUUGCAGUUUGUUGAAGGCAAUUUGUUAUGUUGUUUGUCAAUGUUGUGGUGCUAUUGGUGGUGCUGCUGUUCUUAAGAUUGUAAUUCCUGAUGCAAUUGCAAUGAGAGGUUUGGGAGUGACAAAUCUUGGUGAAGGUGUUGGUACAACACAGGGAAUGUUGAUGGAAAUAAUUGUAACAUUUCUUCUUGUUUUGGUUGUUCAUGCUGUUACUGAUCCAAAAAGAACAGAUACAACUGGAUGGGCACCACUUGCUAUUGGAUUAACAAUAUGUGUAUCACAUUUAGCAGCAAUACCAAUAACUGGUAGCAGUAUGAAUCCAGCAAGAACACUUGGUCCAGCUGUUAUUGUUGGUAUUUGGAGUAAUCAUUGGGUUUAUUGGGCUGGACCAAUUAUUGGUGGUCUACUUGCUGGUGGUAUUUAUAAAUUAGGUCUACGAGCAAGAUCAAAAGAUGAAGAUGAAGCAUCUAAAAAAAAAAUGAUGUUCGACGAUGAAGAUAGUUAUCUUGAAAUUGCAAAUUAUUUUAGAUCUAAUUUAGUUAAAUUUCGUAAAUCAAUAACGCCUGAAGAAUUUAAAUAUUUUAGUAAUAUUAAUAGUAACAGUGAACGUGUUGCAUUUGUACUUGGCUAUCCCGAGGUUCAUGAUCUACCUCUAGAAAUUGAAGAUUAUCCAGAAAAAAAUUUAAAAAAAGCAAAUGAAAUUAAAGAAAAUGGCAAUAUAAAUUAUGCUAAUGGUAAUUUUUUAAAAGCACUUGAAUUAUAUUCUGAAGCAAUUUUAAUAUCACCAAAAAAAGAUUUAGGAAUUUUUUUAGCUAAUAGAUCAGCAGCUUUGUAUAAUCUUGAAUUUUUUGAUCUUGCUUUAUCUGAUGCAAAUGAAGCAAUUAAAUUUAACUAUCCAAAAGAACUUUUUUAUAAACUUGAAGAAAGAAAAGCAAGAUGUUAUUUAGGAUUAAAAAAUAAUAAAAAAGCUAUUGAAUCAUUUCGUCGUACACUUCAAGCACUUGAUGAUGCAAAAUUACCAUUUGAAAAAAAACAAAAAUUAAUUAUUGAUGUUAGAAUGAUGAUGGCAUUGAUGGAAAAAGGACAAGAAAUAAUUGAUAAAAAAAAAUUGAAAAAUAAAAUUAACAACAAUAAAACAAUAAUUAAAAAUACAGAUAAAAAUUUACCAAAAAUUAAUGAUGUUAAUUUAAUUUAUCCAUCAUGUAGUAGUGCUAUUGAAAUACGUGAUUUUGGUGGAGUUAUUGGUAGACAUGCUGUUGCAAGAAGAGACAUAAAACCCGGUGAAUUGUUGAUUGUUGAUAAACCAUUUUGUACUGUUUUACUUGACAACUACAGAACAACCAAUUGUCAAUAUUGUUUGAAAAAAAACAUUGCUCCAUAUCCAGCAUCUUGUGAUACAUGCACAAUAAUAUCAUACUGUUCAACUAAAUGUCGUGAUGCUGAUGCCAAAACCCAUGUACAUGAGUGUGAUAUACUAGCACCACUUUGGUUAUCAAAUGCAUCAUUAAAUUGUCUUCUUUCAAUAAAAGCAAUAACACAAAAACCUUAUGAUAAAUUUCAAGAAUUAAAAGAUAAAAUUAUUGAUGAUAAUUUUAGCUUUAAACCAACAAAAGAUGAACCAUAUAAAUCACACGAUUACAUGGCUUUUAAAUCACUAGUUACUCAUGAGAAUGAAAGAACAUCAGAAGAUUUAUUACAUCGAGCUUAUAUGGCUGCUUGGUUAUUAAGAGUUUUAAAAAAAAGCACAUAUCUUCCAGAGUCAUCAAAAACACCAGACACAGCUGAAUCAAAGCUAACAAAUGAUGAAUUAUUUUUUGGUGGUUUAUUACUAAAACAUUUGCAGCUAAUGCAAUUUAAUACUCAUGAAAUAUCUGAAUUAGAAAAACGAAAAAAUGAUAAUACAUUAAAAAAUGCAAGAAGUAAUUUUAUUGCUGGUGGACUUUAUACAACAGCUGCACUUUUAAAUCAUUCUUGUAAUCCUGGAAUUGCUAGAUAUUAUGUUGGUACAACGAUGAUUGUUAAAUCCAUAAAAACAAUAACAAAAGGAAGUGAAAUAUGUGAUAAUUAUGGACCGAUAUUUACGACUGAUAAUAAACAAGAAAGACAAAGAAAAUUGAGACUUAAAUAUUGGUUUGAUUGUUCGUGUGAAGCUUGUAUUGAAAAUUGGCCAUUACUUGAAAAUAUUGAUCCUCGAAUUUUACGAUUUAAAUGUGAAACUGGAGUAUCUUGUGGUAAUAUACUGAUGGUUAAUAUUGAAUCAAAUGAAUUUAUGAUUGGCUGUUCAAAGUGUAGAAAAAGUACAAACAUAAUGAAAGGUUUAAAAACUCUACAAGAUACAGAUGCACUAUUUAAAAUUGCAUCUGGACAUAUUGAAAAUGGUAAUCAUGCAGAUGCACUUAAUAAUUAUAUCGAAAUAUUAAAAUUACUUGAUGAAACAUUGGCAUUGCCAAUCAAAGAUUAUCAUAUUUGUCAACAGGGUAUUAAAUUAUGCUUGUUACCACUUGGUAACAUCAAAAUUAUUUAAUAAUUAUUCAAUUAAACAA